AUGGCGUCGCUCAUUGCUGGCGGUGAUGCCUCUUCUUUCUCCUCCAAGUCCACGCUUCAAUUCUUAGCCUUCGAGGCGGCGAAAACUAUGUCUCGCCUUGUCGCACUGUAUAACUCUCUCUCAGACGAUGAAUUCUUCAAACUCCGUCAAGGCCCCGUGAAGUCCUGUGGCGUCGCCUUUUUAAACUCUGCCGAUGAAAGCUAUCUUCUUGAACUUGCGUGUAAAGAGAAGCUCGAGGAUCUCGGUCAAGCCGUGGCUGUGGUUUCUCGUUUGAGUAAGAAAUGCAUCGAUGAAGAACUCAACCGGUUCGAAAUUGCUUACCAGAAAGUGACACAGGGAGUAAUGGAAAUUGGAAAUUUUAAUUUUAGCUCUAGAAACGUUGGGAAAAACAUUAAAAAGAUGGAGAAAUACGUGAACACGACGUCUGCUCUAUACGAAUCGUUGGUUGCCCUCAACGAAUUAGAAGCGUCGGAGAAGAAAAUGCAGAAAUGGAAGAUCAGCAAAGAUUACUUUAACCAGAAUAUCACUUUCCAGAGAAAGCAAGUUGUACAUUUCAAAAAGGUUUCCCUUUGGAGCCAAAGAUUUGAUACAACUGUGGGAUUAAUGGCUCGAAUCGUCUUUGCGGUUUACUCCAGAAUCUGCACCAUUUUUGGACCCUUCGUUCCGAGUCUUCCGUGCUUUUAUAUUCCCAGAAGAAAAGCUUUAAACAUGAAGGUUUAUCCAGAGGCCAAUUAUUGCCUUCUCGUGGACAAAGACAAGUAUAUGAAACAAGCCUCGAAAUCGGGCCCACUCAUGAAAGCUUCGAAGACCAAACCAAGAUCAGCUGAAGUUAACGCCUUGGGUUUCCAAAUUCCAGUGAUAAGAAACAAAAGGCUGAUACAAUCGGCUCCGGCGGGCACCGUGGGAGCAGCGGGGCUUGCCUUUCGUUAUGCGAACCUAAUCAUCAUGGCAGAGAGCUGUUUCCACACGGCAACAAGCAUCGGCGAGGAAGUUCGAGAGAACAUGUUCGAGAUGUUGCCGAUAAGCCUGAAACGAGCUUUGAGAAGGAAGCUGAAAGGGAAAUGGGGCGAAGAGAGCGACGGGGGACAAGGUCUGGCACAAGGGUGGAAAGAGGCGUUGGAGGAGAUAAUCGGGUGGUUGGCACCGAUGGCACAUGAUACGUUGCGAUGGCUGCAAGAGAGAGACUCGGAGCAACAAAAACUGAACGCAAAGCCGACGGUUUUGUUGUUGCAGACAUUGCAUUUCUCCGAUUUGGAGAAAACGGAGGCUGCGAUCGUGGAGGUUUUGGUAGGGUUGAGUUAUAUAUAUAUGCACGAGAAUCGGCGGGAGAGGCUUGCUGAUGGUUGUUUUUGGUUAUGA